AUGGCCUCGUCCGCGUCUGCCCGCACCUACGCUGACGCCAUCGACGCGCUCAAUUCGCUGCAGACGCCCUUCGCCGUCAUCGAGGCGCGGCGCAAGGCCGGCAUCCGCCCCGAUGCCUCGUCCGUCCGCGAGAUGCGCGCCUACCUCGCCCGCAUCGGCUACGCCCCCGCCGACCUCGACCGCCUCGGCGUCGUCCACGUCGCCGGCACCAAAGGCAAGGGCAGCACCUGCGCCUUUGUCGACUCCAUCCUGCGCCGCCACGGCAAGAGCCACGCUGCCCCCCGCCGCGUCGGCCUCUUCACCUCGCCCCACCUGAUCGCCGUACGCGAGCGCAUCCGCAUCGACGGCGCCCCCGUCUCCGAGGAGCUGUUCGCCCGCUACUUCUUUGACGUGUGGGACCGCCUCGAGGCCUGGUCGCCGGCCGAAGGUGACGCCGCCGACGCCGCCGACGCCGACCUCCCCCCCGCCUCCAAGCCCAUCUACGCCCGCUACCUCACCCUGCUCAGCUACCACGUCUUUCUGUGCGAGGGCGUCGGCGCGGCCGUCUACGAGACGGGCAUCGGCGGCGAGUUCGACGCCACCAACAUCGUCGAGCGCCCCGUCGCCUGCGGCAUCAGCUCGCUGGGCAUCGACCACGUCUUCGCGCUUGGCGACACGGUCGACAAGAUCGCCUGGCACAAGGCCGGCAUCAUGAAGGUCGGGAGCCCCGCCUUCACCGUCGAGCAGGUGCCGGCCGCCGCGCGCGUGCUGCAGGACCGCGCCGCCGAGAAGGGCGUCGCCCUGGCCGUGCUCGACCCCGACCCGCGCCUCGCCGGCGUGCGCAUCCGCCCCGACGCCGCCUUCCAGAAGAAGAACGCCACGCUGGCCGUCGCCCUCGCCGAGGCCGCGCUGCGGGCGCUGGACCCAGACUUCACGCCCGGCGCCCGGCUGCCCCGCGACUUCGUCGACGGGCUCGAGCAGGUCGUGUGGCGCGGCCGCUGCGAGGUCAAGGAGGAGGACGCCGUCGCGUGGCACGUCGACGGCGCGCACACGGUCGACAGCCUGCGCAUGGCCGCGCGCUGGUUCGUCGGCGAGUGCGCGGGCAGGCCGGGGCCCCGGGUGCUCGUCUUCAACCAGCAGGGCCGCAGCGAGGCCGUCGACUUUCUCGCCAGCCUGUGCCACACGGUCAAGGCGGCCGACCCGGCGGGCCGCGGCUUCCAGCACGUCGUCUUUUGCACCAACGUGACGUACGCCAAGACGGGGUACAAGAGGGACUUUGUCAACCACCAGUACGACCCCAAGGACGUUGCGCAGAUGACGGUGCAGCGCGGCUUUGCCGACAAGUGGGCCGUGCUCGACCCCGCGGCCGACGUGGUGGUGGUGCCCAGCAUCGAGGAGGCCAUCGACCGGGUGCGUGAGCUGGGGGGCGAGGGCAAGGUGCAGGCGCUGAUCACGGGCAGCCUGCACCUGGUGGGCGGCGCGCUGGGGAUCCUGGAGGGGGCCGACGCGCUGUAG